CUCCCUCCCAGGCUCCAUUUUGUUUCUUCUUUAGUCAUGGGGGGUGGGGAGAGAGGGGGCAGGAAGAGGCGUCACCUGUAGAGGCAAAGGAAACUGCAUCCCUUAAUCCCUUCUCCAUUUGUUUUGAUGGUCUUCACUCCCCAUUCCUCUCUCCCCCCUGCACGCACCUUGUUACCAACAGGAGGAGGAGCAAUCUGAGUUUCCAGAGGAAACCUAAACUCUCAUGGCUUUGGUUUUCUCAUUUAAUUACUGAGCAUCUUUUGAAAUCACCCCCCAGGCAUGUCUUGGAGAAUAACAAAGCAAAUUGUAUGGAAGUGAGAGGAGCUGCAAAGAGACAGACCCAGAGUUCUGUCUCUUAUUUGCCAUGGCAGCCAACAGCCACCGGGUCCAAACCCAUUCCCAUCAGGAAACACUAAAUUCUGUUUGCCACCGUCCCCUGAAUCUAAACAGCCACCCUCUAUCUAAGAGCUCCUCAAGUCUGGCAUGCAUUGGGCAAGUGAGUUCUGAUGAAAGACAGAGCAACAAGCAAGAUCUCAAGAAGAGUCUCAGUAGUACUGUCUGCCAAACACAGGUGAGCGAGAAUUAUGUGGGAAGUACCCCUAGUUCUGAAUGGUCUUCCACACAGUCUGGAAUGGUGGAAAGUUCAUCGGCUGUCAGAACGACAAGUGAUCAGUCACCAGGUGAUAAUGUGCAGAACAGAGCUACGACAACAAACCACUUCCUGACUGUUGACCAGACUCCAAUAUCCCUGGAAGGAAAGGACACUAAGAUGCAUGUCAAGAGUAGCACUGUUGAGAACAUUUCUUCAGUCUGUGAUACACACCAGCAAAGUAUGAAUAGAAUGGAAGGACUGGAAGCUGCAGUCCAAAGAAGCCAUUCUGACCUAACAUGCAGUUGCAAGCAGCAGAGUUCUGUUGCCCACAUGGAAACCAGUGCCACGCACUCUAUUAUAAGUUCUUCUAGCAGUAGUUCUGAUACAUCAGUGCAUAACACGUCUUUCCAAAGACCGAGAUAUGGCUCUGGAACAUAUGAAAAUACUCCUAACUAUCAAAACUGGGUGACUCAGAUUCCCAUGUCACAUAGAGACCAAAAAGUGCCCACAAACAGCUUUGACAGUGGUGGUAUAACACAUAACACUACCAUUUAUACAGAUCCUGGAACAUUUCACACUGCUGUUCUAGGACCACACACGCCAGGAAGUGGUUUCCCAAACAGGACAAUGUGCAGUCAAUCAAUUGGGCUUAGUCAAGGUGGCAUGACUUACAAUAAUGUGUCAAGCAGUAUAUACUCUCCCACAGUGAUGACAAUUCACAACAGCACUGCCCUACCCUGCAGUGCAAGGCAGGACUCUGCUAUGAAGAUAGACGGCACUGUUUCUGCCUAUUGCCAUUCUUUGCCAAUACCAUCUCUUCAACUCGUUCCAAGGUUGGUAUGCUCAGUUAGUGAAUUGGGAAGAGAACAGGUAACUCCUGGAUACUGUCAGUCCUUGCCUACUUCAGAUAUGAUGAUCUUUCCUAAACUGGUGUCAUCUGUUAGUGAAUCAGGUCUGGAUGCAAAGCGAAUCCUGAAAUGCUGUAGUGUUCCUGGGGAGCAUCUGUCACAUGCUCAGCACUGCGUUCAACAGAGCAGAGCUCAACAGGAAAUGAAGCCUUCUUACAUUGUGUUGCAUGACCAGCAAUGUGCAGACAUGAUGAUGAAGACUAAAGACACAUGGACUAUGACCUCUAUGAAUGACUUAACCAAAGAACUGAAAUCUCCUCUGGAGUGCAAAGAUGCAGAGGUACAAACCAUUUCAACAAUGGAAUGCAAGUCUGUGGCCACAAGCCCAUCUGUUGUAGCUGAAGGUCACCCUCAUGUGUUCCCAGAGGUUAAUUUAGAAUAUGACCAAGAGGCCCCAAAGUCUCCAGUACGUGAAGUGAGAUGGGAUGAUGAAGGGAUGACAUGGGAAGUAUAUGGGGCAGCCGUGGACCCAGAAGUUCUUGGGUUAGCCAUUCAAAAACAUCUUGAAAUUCAAAUAGAACAAUUCCAGACAGAGCCUAUAGAGCUCUCUAGGAAAAGUACUGAGGAGUCACCUCCAGCUAAAGAGGCAAAGAAAAAGCCAUUUAGAACAAUGAUGCACUCUCUGAGACACCCAAGCUGCUGUGCCCGUUCCAAUACUGUUGUGGAGUGAACAUAGCUACAUGACUGCAACAUUUAAACUGUCUUGUAAAUAAACAUUGAAUCUUAAGACUUAA